ACAAGUCGCUGCUUCCGCUCCACUGCUCUCUGCGCACUGACUAUCUAACACUGAGAUGUUCGAUAAUGUGUCGUCUUAGACCCUAUUCAAGGCAGAGCCUUCACAGAGUCCCUGUUUACACCUCUAACAUCCGUCCAGGUGAUCUGAGAACAGCCCCCCCAUGACAGCAGCUGAUCUUUGUUGUGCGUAACUCCGUCACACCGCAGCCCCGCCCCUUUCCUCUUCAGCCUAUGGAGGCUAUCAUUAUUCUCUCUUCUCGUCUGCCGCUCAGUCAUUUAUCACCCUGAAUCACCGAAGACCCGCAACGAGACCCGCGACACCAGCAGGCCGAGCAGGAGGGCCUGAGCGCCGGGAAGGAUGAGAGCUGCUGCCGGGACGCGGAGCCGCCGCUGAAUCCCGGAGAAGGCGACAUGACUGCGGCGUGAGGAGGCGAGAGGACGCCGCUGCGCCGGUCUUCAGCAUGUCUGCACUGCCCCCAAGGCCUGGUCCUGGUCCUGGUCCUGGUCCUGGUCCUGGUCCUGGCUCUGGUCCUGGUAAUGGUCCUGGUCCUGGUCCUGGCCCUGGCCCUGGUCACGGUCCAGGUCCCGACCUGAGCCACCUGACAGAGGAGGAGCGGCGGAUCAUUCAGUCAGUGAUGGAGAGACAAAAAAAGGAGGAGGAGAAAGAGCAGAGCAUGCUGAAGAAGUUACAUCAGCAAUUCGAGCUGUACAAGGACCAGGUGAGGAAGCUGGGGGAGGAGCCUCAGGUGAAACAGACAGUGAAGGCGGAGCCUCCCACCUGUGGCAUCUGUUGUAAGACAAAGUUUGCUGAUGGCUGUGGACGCGUCUGCUGCUACUGUCAAAGCCGCUUCUGUGCCCGCUGUGGGGGUCGUGUCCUUCUGAGAGCCAAUAAGAUGAUGUGGGUGUGUAACGUCUGCAGGAAGAAGCAGGAUAUUCUCACUCGAUCAGGGGAGACGCUGUCCGUCAACCAUAACUCACAAGGGGUUCCCCACACAUCACCUCAGGGGUCUCUGAGCAACGGAGCCUCUGAUUGGAAGUGGUGUGACAAUGGUGGGGGAGGUGGGAUGCAUCGCUCGCCCUCUGAUCAAAGUCUGGAGCGUUACGCUUGCUCACACCACGACUACCAUGGUAAUAGAGAAAACGAGCGGCUAGCUGCUCCACUGAGGGAUGAACGAGGCCGCUGGUACUCACAGGUGAGCAUGUCUAAACAGGACAAGGUUCAGGAAGAACAUGAGUGGCGGCGGCAGAAGGAGGAGGAGUUUCAGGCUCGUUACCGUAGUGACCCAAACCUUGCACGUUACCCAGUGAAGCCGCAGCCGAAUGAGGAGACCAUGAGGAUGUUGGCUCACGUUGGCCGGUUCCGGCACCAACGCCGUCACAGCGACGUCUCCCUGGCAACCUGCGAGCCCGAGCAUGUACUCAUGGGACGGACAGCUGUCCGUCAGCAUCGGCCUCAGGGAUUGGUUGGACAUGAAGGUCAGAGGUCUCUGUCUGUGGACCGCACAGCAAAUCAUAUCAGUCCCACUUCCCCCCGCCUGUUAUUGCGACAACACAUGGAACCUGAGAGCACAACACAGAGGGGGAAGAGGGCAGGGAAGAUGUACGUGAUUGGUAGCUUCAGCAGCUCGGAGGAGGACCUAGUGACCACACCUGACUACACCAGCUGGGAGGAGCCUGCCAGAGACAUGGACAGCCAAUGGUGGGAUCAUGGUACCUGGCAGAGUGAGGCUGCACCUAUUUCCAUGGUAGGACUAAGCCCUGCCCCCUCCAUCUACCCCCACCUUCCACAUCCAGUGUCAUGGCAACCGUCCAAGGAUGGAGAGCGUCUGAUUGGACGAAUUCUGUUAAAUAAGAGGAUGAAGGAUGGGACUAUUCCUGCGGACACUGGAGCGCUGCUAGGACUCAAGGUGGUCGGGGGGAAGAUGACAGAGUCGGGUCGUCUCUGUGCGUUCAUCACGAAGGUGAAGAGAGGAAGUCUGGCCGACACUGUGGGACACCUGAGACCAGGUGAUCAGGUUCUGGAGUGGAACGGUCGGCUUCUUCAGGGAGCCACAUUUAAUGAAGUGUACCACAUCAUCCUGGAGUCCAAACAAGAACCACAGGUGGAACUAGUGGUGUCCCGACCAAUCGGAGAGAUUUCAAGAGCUGCAGACAGCACCGUCAUCGCCCUGGACUCCAGUUCCAGUUCCUUCGAUUCUCAGAAAUUCGGUCCAUCAAUCUCUGUCACCUCUCCCAUGAGCCCCAGCGCUCUCUCUGGACAGGUCUCUACUGUGAACAGGCGUACUCUGGUGCCCAGAAUUCAGGUGAAGCUGUGGUACGAUAAAGUCGGUCAUCAGCUGAUCGUCACUGUUCUUGGAGCAAAGGAACUUCCUGUCCGUGAGGACAACAGACCAAGGAAUCCCUAUGUCAAGAUCUACUUCCUGCCAGACAGAAGUGAUAAGAGUAAGCGGAGAACAAAGACAGUGAAAAAGUCAGUUGAACCUCGGUGGAACCAGACCUUCAUGUACUCUCCGGUACAUCAGCGGGAGUUCAGGGAAAGGAUGUUAGAACUGACAGUCUGGGACCAGGCCAGAGUCCGCGAGGAGGAAAGCGAAUUCAUGGGAGAGGUGCUGAUAGAGUUGGAGCAUGCUCUGUUAGACGAUCAGCCUCACUGGUACAAACUUCAGCUUCAUGACGUUUCCUCUCUGCCACUGCCCAAAGCCUCCCCCUACCUGCAGAGGAGAGGACUGCAGCCUGACGACCCACCGAGCAGCAGGAGGCUGCAGAACAAAGGUCAAUGCUAUAACCCAGGGUCUCAGAGGAUCAGUGACAGUGAGUUUUCGGAUUAUGACUGUGAAGACGGCAUCGGGGUGAUAUCAGACUACAGGCAAAAUGGGCGGGACUUCCACAGCUCCACCCUCUCAGUGCCAGAGCAGGUGAUGAUGUCCAAUCACAGCCCUCGAUCAGACAUGGUCCGGAUGAGGUCACGGUCUCCGAGCCAGCCGCCUCCUCACAGGCGGUGUCUAAGGAGAAUGUCGGUUGCCAACUCUCUCGAUUCCCAAGACAGGUAUGUUAAUGGUCCUAACCAAAUUCACUGGACAAACCAUAUGGUGAAUGGAAGCUGUGAGGACUUCAGUCAGGACUUCAUCCCUGACUUCCCCUACGAACCCGACCUCUAUGACGAGGAGCUGCUCAGGUUCAGUCGUGGCAUGGACCGGCGGGAUUACUACAGUCGCUCUCGCUCAGCUGACCAGCGAGCAAUGGCCCACCGACCCGUCUACACCCGCUCCCACUCCACUGACCGAGCUGACUCCACUCAUUUGAGAUCCAGACACUCUGCCCCCCCCUCUCCUGCUCCAACCAGGACAAACCCACGUUGUGGAUCAAGUCAGACAAGUCCAUCGGGAACGCCGAUCUGCAGCCGCAGAGGACGCCAGUUGCCUAUCGUCCCACCACAAGGACCUCCGGACAGAAUUUUGGCUACACCCAUCUCAGGAGCAUCAACUCCGCAUCAUCAGGUCCCUCCACCUGGCCUCAAACAAGCCCCCCUCUCUAAUCAUCCUCCUCUUAUAAGACUCCAAGCCCCGCACCCUACUACUGGCCCAGCCCAUCCACCUACUGUUCCUUCACCCGCGCCACUACCUGCUCCAGUCCAAGUGCAAGUCUCGCCCCCUGCUCAAGCCCCAGACCAAGCCCCUCCCCCAGCUCAAACAUCUGCCAAAGCCCCUCCACCAGCUCUAUCAUCUGCCCAAGCUCCGCCCCCAGUCCCUAAUCAAGUUGAAGCCCCAACCCAACCUCCCACUGCACCACCUGCACAAGCCCCUCCCCCAGCUCCUGUACAAAUCCAAGCCCCUCCCCCAGCUCCUGUACAAAUCCAAGCCCCUCCGCCAGCUCCUGCACAAAUCCAAGCCCCACCUCCAGCUGCUGCUCUUUCCCCUCCAGCAGCUGAAAUUCAAUCUCAGCCACCUAUUGACCUCCCCCAGCUCCCUGCACCUACCCCAACACCUUCACCUUCACCUUCACCUGUACCGUCCCCUGCCCCCACCCCACAGACUCCAGGCGAGGUGUUGUCAGCGAGUUCAGACGGUGGGAUGAAGGAUCCAUUAAAGAUGCGAGACAGUCUGUCCUUUAAAUCAUCAGACAGUGAUGUCAGCGAGAUGUCGGCCAUGUCCAAUGAUACACGUCGGGCGGAGGCUGUUGAAGGCCAAUCAGGGGAGUUGGGGAUGGGGUCAGAGGGAACAGAGAAAGUAGCUGGGGAGGCAGAGGGCGGGGCCAAACUUCAGAAGAGUGAAUCAGUGGAUGAAGGAGAGGAGGCGGAGCCUGAGCCUGCAAAGGUGGCAGCACCUCUCACCAAGUCAUCAAGCGUGGGUGGGGAAAUUUGUUCAUUAGGAAGAAAUGAUGACGAUGAUGACGACAAGAAGCGGCGCUCAAGCUUUGGAGCGAAGAUGAUGGGAAUGGUUGGAUUGGGAAAGAAGAGUCAGAGCGCGUCCCAGCUGAACCCAGAGGAGGAGGAGAAGAAGAAGAAGGUUGUGAGACUUCCUGUUCAGAGGAGUGUAGAGACCGGAUUGGCCGUUGAGUUUAAAUCUCGUUUUACUCGACAGCAGAGCCGAGACCCGGACGCUGAGGAACCCAAACCUGGAGCCUUGAUAUUUCCAGGGGUGAAGCUGGCGUCAGACAAACAAUUCACUGGCUUUCUGGAAGGAUUAGGCCCCGCCCAGCUGGCUGGACGGCAGACUCUGGCCACGCCCCCUAUGGGUGACAUCCAGAUAGGGAUGGUGUACAGGAAGGAGCGUCUGGACGUGGAGGUCAUCCGAGCCCGGGGGCUCGUGGGAAAGCAAGGCAACAAAAACACCCCAGCACCCUAUGUGAAGGUGUACCUGAUGGAUAACGGGAAGUGUGUGUUGAAGAGAAGAACUCGUUUGGCGAGAAAAACUCUUGAUCCUCUUUAUCAACAACAACUUCAGUUUGAGGAGAACCCCGAGGGCAAAGUACUGCAGAUCAUCGUGUGGGGGGAUUACGGGCGGAUGGAUCAUAAAUCCUUCAUGGGUUCUGCUCAAAUCUUAUUGGACGAUCUAGAUCUGUCCAACAUGGUGAUUGGCUGGUUUAAACUGUUUCCUGCCACCUCAUUGGUGGAUCCCGCCUUGGCCCCGCUGACCAAUAAAGAGACAGAGGGCAGCAAGUCAUAGCAUCAGGAGCCGGACACUUGCCAUAGUAACAGAGGAGGAGAUCUGUGGUUAACGGCCUAAAAAGAUUUCCUCAGCUGCUGCAUACUGCAUGGUGACAUCAUAGCAUCAACGCUUGGAGGCUCCGCCCCCUGACGCUCAGGCAGGAAAUUAUCCUUAAAGGGAGAGCAAGGCACCACUGCCAGGGAUGCUGGGAAAAAAUGGACCAGAAUCCAAGCGCUCUUUAGCUGACGACCAAUCACAACAGCUCUCCAGAAACUAUGUGCAGAAUCUGCAGACGGAUCAUUUCCACAGAGACGAAGGAAAACAGACCGCGGUUCUCUAAGUGUUUGCAUGGAACGAUAAAAAUCAGAACAUUAAAACAAACUGUGAGAUAAAGAAGCUGAGAACUAAAAAUAAAAAUAAAAGAUUCUCAACACUGA